GAUGGUGGUUUAUCCGAUUAUGAGACCAGAGUUAUUUAGAGGUCUUAGAAUACCACCCAAGGGCUUGUUGUUAUUUGGACCACCAGGAACAGGUAAAACUAUGAUUGGUAAAGCGAUUGCAAGUGAAGUAUCAGCCACAUUUUUUAGUAUUUCAGCAAGUACACUUACAAGUAAAUGGAUUGGUGAAGGUGAAAAAAUGGUGCGUUGUUUAUUUGCUGUAGCCAGGUGCUAUCUUCCAUCAGUAAUCUUCAUUGAUGAAAUAGAUUCACUUUUAACACAACGUUCAGAAAACGAAAACGAAGCAAGUCGUCGUAUUAAAACCGAGUUUCUUAUUCAGUGGGAUGGUGUUGCAGGUAAUCCAGAAGAUAGAAUGCUUUUAAUUGGUGCAACUAAUCGUCCAGAAGAACUUGAUGAGGCUGCUCGUAGACGUAUGUCAAAGCGUCUUUAUAUUCCAUUACCAGAUUUCGAAAGUCGUUAUGCACUAAUCAAACACUUACUCAAGAAGGAAAGACACGAUAUUGUCGACGAGGGAAUGAAGGAAAUAGCGGAAAUAUCCGAAGGGUACUCUGGUGCUGAUAUGAAGGCACUUUGCACUGAAGCAGCUUAUCAGCCGAUUCGUGAUUUAGGAGAUACCAUUGCAACAGCUUCAUUGGAAAGUAUCAGGGCAAUAUCAAUCAACGAUUUUAUUUUAGCUAAAAAAAGAGUAAAACCUUCGGUGGAUAAAAAGGAAUUAAAAUCAUAUGUCGAAUGGAACGAAAAGUUUGGUGCUUUAAACUAAUACUCAAAUAUUUAAAAUCUAAAAUUAUAAACAUGUACAUUUAACACUAUAAUAAUAAUAAUAAUAAUAAUAAUAAUUAAAAAUAAAAUAAAUUUAUUAGUUUUAAUAUAAACC